UAGUCUAAAACCGGCGAUAAAGCAGGGGGGCAGAAAUGGGUAGCCUGACAUAUGGAUCUCUCCCCAUGGCUAUUUUUCGUUAGCGCAGAGUUACAACGAUGCAGCGCGGCUGGUGGAGGACUAGUACAUGCUUCGUUGAAAGGCACGGACAUUUCAGGACUUCUUCGGGGUCCAUUUGAAAGAUUGGAACGAGCGAGGGUAUAAUAUCAGAUCGAGUUCUGUUCGCAGUUUAGAGCUUCCCAUUUUGGUAUGCCGGAACAUGCCGCAAUUCAUUCGCAGUCUCUCAGCAUUUCAUUCGACGUUGACCAUCACCAACACUGCUUCUAUGCCUCACCGUGUCCCCAAAACUGAUAAUGACCCUCCUCUUCUUCGGAAGAGCACUGGCAUGCAGCCGACCUCCAACCUACCGUUCAAGAUAUUCAUCGGUGGUCAUCUCGUCCCCGAGCCAUUUGUGACAGUCCCUCAGCUGAAAGGACAUCUGGCUCUUUUGCACCGCUUUGCUGAGCUGAAGGACAAAGUCGAGAAUAUGACGGAAGCGGAGCGAGCAAGUUACCUCCAGAUCCCCGCUGACAAGGUCCAUCGUUGGAAUUGGUUUGUUGCGCUAGCUGUUGAGAGAUUCGAGAAAUGGUGCCUGACGAAAUCCUGUAUAGAGCGGGGUGUAGACCGUGAAGACUUUGUUGUGAAAUAUCUUCCUCCGCUGGACGUCAUCAUGGUCUGGCACGCCUAUCAGUUAAACCCUGCCCGUUAUCUUGAUGACAGUUUCCGAAUCAAAGGUCUUGGGGACCAUGGCCAUUGGUUCGAGAUCAUGGACCGAGUCUUCCUUGCCUACACCGGCGACUGUGUGAUAGCUGAGAGAAAGAUGACCAGCCGAGGUGUUGGAUGUCCCAAGUGUUUCGAUAGACUUUCCGUUCCACUGCUUGAUGCGAACGAUAGCGGAUACCUGCAACAGAACUUCAAGUUUACGUGCCCAAAGUGUAGCCAUAUUGUUACCAAAGAGACUUUGGCUGUUCACAAGCUCGUGGUCGAUCUUGUAGUAUGCGAUGCGACGUUAUCACAGACGCUCCAUUAUUCAGGUGCCGCAGCUCUUUGUGACCCCAUACGUGCGAGGCAGAUCAAGGCGGCGGUGUUGCGGUCGGAUGUCUUCAAGCCUAAAAGAACCCAGGUAUCUCCGCGUGAAUGGGCUAUGGAUAUUCAGGAAGCUGUGGGUUACGAUAUGGCGAAGCUCAAGGAGCACAUGGGCAUCUAUAUGAAGGACAGAGGAGCCAAACUGCUGGACAAGGUCUUGAGCGCCUACAAAAAUGACAAGAUAUUCUCAUUGGAUCUCGCUGACGCAGUUUUACGCCAAGGUUCUUUCACCGCCAAGAUGCGCAAAUUCGGAUGGAGCGAAUCGGACUUUUUCGCCUCACCGGGAGACGAGGUCGCGCUGAAGCACUGCAUCGCGAGAUAUCAUGCAUUCCUCAACCUCAUGUCAAGCAACCCCAAGGACUUUUUCGUACCCACGCUAGAUAUCGAUCUUGCGUGGCACACGCACCAACUCCUGCCGAGUUACAAUGGCGACUGUAUCAGCUACCUGCAGCGCUCUGUUGACCACGAUGACAACGUCGAGGAGAACGCGCUCUCGGACGCGUUUGAUAAGACCUGUCUGGCAUGGGAGAGAUGCUACAACAUCCGAUACGCAUCUGCCAUCAAGAUAGGAGAACGACUGGGCGGACAGCCGUUGCCUUAUUACAGCAUCCCGCCUUCGGACGAUCUCGUUGGGGGUGAUCAGAUUCAUAGGGCGGUUUCCGGACGAGAUGAUCUGGCGUUCUUGGCUCCUGUCUCGUUGCGCAGUGGUGGAUGUGGCGGUGGUUGCGGUGGUGGAGGAUGUGGGGGUGGUUGUGGGGGUGGUUGUGGUAGUCGUGUUGGCUCCCGUGGUGGUGGUUGUGGAGGCGAGUGCGGAGGCGGUGGAGGUUGCGGAGGCGGGUGCGGUGGUGGAGGUUGCGGAGGCGGCGGCGGCGGCGAUUAGGCUUGCGCCGAUCUCAACGAGCAUUUGACUUUGCUUUUCUUCUCCUGUGGUUGUUAUGAAACUGCUAAUACCAUCAUUGCCCUCUUAUGCUUCCAGUCGAUGCGAAGAUAAUAAGCGACAUUUAUCACCCAGACUCAGACACCGUUCGAAUGGGCAACGGAUGCCCCAUAUCUUUCAACCUUAUCAUCCAUUGUCGACUUUAUGAGCUGGAUUUUCGUCUCUACCGCAGGCGAACCUUUACACUAGAAAUG